AUGUCUAAAUUGUUACUACUUUUGAUAUUAGCCAUACCAACCUCAAAUAAUAGAAUGUUAGUUGCAAUUCAUUAUUUGUAAAAAUCUAGAAGAAAAAUUUCAGAUGUAUAUUACUAGAAUAAAAUUACAAGAAUAAACUUCAACGUGUUAAGUAAUGUUAUUAAAUUUUUAAAACAUGUAUCAAUUUAGUUCUGUAAAUUAUAAAUUUAACGUUCUUUUGUUUCAUUAAAAUAUAAAAAUGUUAUUUAAAUACUAAUUUAACUUAAAAUUUAAUUUCUAAAUUUAACGUAUUGUACAAAAUUUGUUAUUUGUAACUAAAAUUAACAAUUACUACCAUAUUUAAAAAAUUCUUAUGAAACAAAAGUAUUUAUUAUUUUUAUUUAUAAUUAAUCUGUUAAUAAUUAAAAUUAUAAGGUAUAAGAAUAUUACUAUAAUUAAUAAAAUAGAUAUCAACAAUAUAUUACUAUAAAUAAUAAAAUAAAUUUAUUCCUAGAAUAUUUGAUACAGUUUGCAAUUAGUAAUAUUUAGUAUUAAGGUUGGUUUGUAUGACGUUUAAACAGAAUGGUAAUAGACAAUUUGCUAACAUUAUCAGGGAGUUCCCUUAAUUUUUACGUGAUGAAGUUAAGCCGUGAAUUUUCACAAAUUAAAAGUCGCUAAAAAGUGUGAAAAAUAAAACAUUGCUAAUUUUAUUCAAAAUUUUUACUAUCUUUGGUGAGAUAGUGAGAUUAUUAAUUGUAAUUUUUAAAGUAUUUUUUUUUUUUUUUUUUUGUAUAAAUAUAUUAUUUUUUCAGAUCUUUUUAUUAUUAAGAAUUAUGGAGACUCGUAUGGAGACUCAUAUGGAGACUCAUAUGGUGGACUUUAUACCAAGAAUUUAUCAAGUUGAACUAUUUGAAAUUGCAUGUAAAGAAAAUAUUAUAGUUUAUCUACCAACAGGAGCUGGAAAAACAUUUAUUGCUGUUAUGCUUAUAAAAGAAUUAAGUGCAGAUAUACGAAAGUCUUAUGAUGAAGGUGGUAAACAUACUGUAUUUAUAGUGAAUACAUUACCUUUAGUUAUACAACAAAGAGAUUAUAUUAGAAGGUUAACUGGUUUGUCCUGUGGAGCAUUUAGUAGUGAAGAAGGAGUUGAUUUUUGGCAUACUAAAGAUUGGAAUGCACAAUUAAAACAGCAUAAUGUUUUGGUAAUGACAUCGCAAAUCUUGGUCAAUGCACUUUGUCAUGGAUAUAUGAGUUUAAAUAAAAUAAAUUUGAUUAUUUUUGAUGAAUGUCAUAGAGCGGUAAAUGAUCAUCCUAUGCGACAGAUUAUGCAAUUUUUUCAAAAUUAUCCCAAGAGAGAACAACCAAAAGUAUUAGGACUUUCAGCAACAUUGUUAAAUGCUAAUGUAAAGCUGGAAAAAAUAAAAUCAGUUAUUCAGUCUUUAGAAGUAACGUUUAAUGCAAAAAUAACUACUGCAAAUAUAACGCAUAAAGAGUAUUAUACAUCGCCAAAUGAAGAAAUGGUUAUAUUUAACAAAUAUAUUGUGGGUAAUGUUGGAGAGUGUAUGAAUAAUAUCAUUCAGGAAGUAAAAAAUAUUCUAAAUUGUAUAAUUUUAAAAGAUGUUUUGAAAUACUAUGAAUCAAGCAAAGAAUUUAGACCAAAAACUACCAGUCAAAAGUUGCAGAAUAUGUUAAUGGACAUACAAUAUCAACUUUCAAGUACAGGAAACUAUAUAUAUUUUAGAAUAUAUUAUAUCAAAAAUAUCUACUUGUAGAAAAUUAUUAGAAGAUGAAAUAGAAGAAAAAGAAGAGAAGGAAAGGAUUUACAAAUAUUCAUCUGACCAAGUUCGACAACUUUUUGAAAUAUUAAAAAACUUUUAUAAAAACAGAACUAACGAUCAAGUAUUUUUCUGUAUUAUUUUUGUAAAACGCCGAUUCACCGCAAAAAUAUUGUAUCAAAUAUUAAAGAAUAUAUCUGUGCAUGAUGAAGAAUAUAAAUUCUUACAUCCAGAUUUUCUGAUGGGUAUUUCAGUUAAUCCUUAUAAAAAUUCUAAAGAACUGUUAUGUAUAUCAAAACGAAAUAAGGAAGUUUUGCUUAGAUUUAGAAAUGGCUUGUUAAACUGUCUUAUUGCAACAGAUAUUAUAGAUGAAGGUAUAGAUGUACCAAAAUGUUCUUUAGUUGUAAGAUAUGAUUUUCCACUUGAUGUGAGAACAUAUAUUCAAAGUAAAGGAAGAGCACGACAUGCAUAUAGUCAUUAUAAAAUCUUGAUACAAAAGGAUGAAUUACAGUAUUUACAACGAUAUAAUGAAUUUCAAGUGAUAGAAAAAUAUUUAAAAAAGUAUUUGAAGGAGAAAAGUUAUGAACGUCGUAAUGUACCAACUGAAGAUGAAAUAAAAAAUGAAUUAUAUCAAUGCACCAUAAAGCCAUAUAUAAUAACUAGUGAUAAUGGACAAAUGUGUUGUAUAACAGAACAGAUGGCAAUUACUGUAAUAAAUGAAUAUUGUACAUCCUUAUUGAAAUCAAAAUUUACCUGUUUAUCACCUAUUUGGAUUUUACAUAAAGUUUCAGAAAAUUCAAAUAAUACUAAAGUUAAUAAAUAUCAGGUUUCUCUUAAAUUACCAUUACCAUCUCCGUUAAGAACUGUUAUUUUUAGUGAUUCUAUGCCUUCUGUCUGUAGUGCAAAGAGAUCUGCUGCUAUGAAAAUGUGUAUAGAAUUACAUAAAAUAGGAGAAUUAACUGAUAAGUUACAGCCAGUUACAGCAGAAUCACUUCAAAAAGAUCUAAGUUAUUUAUUUCCAAAUUGGAGUGAUGAAAAUGAAUCGGACAAAGAUUUAGGAACAUACAAGAAAAAACGGCAUCAUCAGUUACAAUUUCCAUCAGCUCUAUAUGAUGCAUUUCCUGGGCCACAAAAACAAAUAUAUCUACAUAUUCUUCAUGCUACACCUAAAUAUCCUGCGCCACAUCAUGAUAAUCGACAUUUGGUAUUUUAUAAUUUAUUACAUAAUAAUGCAGGUUUUGGUGUACUUUCUACAAAACAAAUACCAGAGAUACCAUCUUUUCCAAUUUUUAUGAAUCUUGGUGAAUUAAAUAUUGAUGUUAAAGUAAAUCAUACAACGAUGUUUUUAUCUGAAAAUGAAAUUAGUUUAUUAAAAAUUUUUCAUACUUUAAUAUUUGAUGAAAUCGUACCAGUUAUAAAAUCGUUUAUGAUAUUUGAUAAUUACAAUCUUGAUAAUUGUUUUUUAAUUGUACCAGUCGAUGAAAACUGGGACAUAAAUUGGAACGUUAUAAAACGGCAUAGAUCUAUUGAACAUAUAUCGCCACCAGUUCCAUUUCAUUUCAAAACCACUGAUUAUGAAUUAGCAUUGAUUAAACCGAAUUAUAGAGCUGCAGAAACAUAUAUUGUUACUCAAGUAUGUCAUGAUAUUACACCAAAUUCAUAUUUUCCAACUGAUAAUUUUUUGUCAUAUGCUCAUUAUUAUAAAGAAAAACAUGGUUUAGUAAUAAGUGAUUUAAAACAACCAAUGUUAGAAGUAAAAUCAAUAUCAAGGACAAUAGAUUAUAUAAUACCUAGACAUAUGCAUAGUGAAUCAAAAAAUCGCAGAUAUGUGGACUCAGCAAAAAAUUUGAAAGAGCAUUUAGUUCCAGAAUUAUGUACUAAAAUUAACUUUCCAGCUUUAUAUUGGCUCAAAGCAACAACUUUACCAUCUAUUUUACAUAGAAUUUCACAGCUUUUAAUUGCAGAAGAUUUGAGAUGUCUUAUUGCUAAAGAAAUUAACUUGGAAUUAUUAUCAAAUAAUAAAUGGCCUCCAUUAGUGAUAACUGAGGAAGAAAGAGAAGAUUCAUUUGAACCUUUAUUAGAAACUUCUACUAUGGAAAAUGAUAAUUUACAACCAGAACCAGUUUUAAAUGAACCAGAAAUAGAUGUAUUAAAUACAGAAUCAUAUCAUUACCCAUGGUCAAGAUAUCAAGAACCACCAGAUUUGAACAGGAAUAUUGAAGAAAUUCAACUAAUUCAAAUCGAACAUUAUUGUCAACUUAUGAAUGAAAAACAGGAUACAAAUAAUAUAAUGAUAACCAAUGAAAAAGUUAAUUAUUUAAUUAAACCAUCAGUAUCAGUACCGCCUUUGCAAAUCUUGUUAUUAAAAAAUUCGCAUGGUCCGGAUCCUGUUCAAAUUAUGUAUGUUAUUUAACCACGUUAAAAGGAAAAAUUAUUGGCAAUCGUAAUCUUUAUUAUUGUGGAAUUAAGAAACAUAUUCCGGGACGUAUGAAAGUUGAUGGUUUCAUAGCCAUAAGCAAUUUCAUUGCUCCAGCCUAUACGGUACAUAGGCAAAUUCAAAAUGUAUUGGUAGAUGCCGAGGUAUCACCAAACGUUUUAUAUGAAAUUCAAAUUCCUAAAGAUGAACAGUUUAGUGGACAGAUCGGUGAAACUACAAUGAAUGUAAUGCAAACAAAGAUAUUAAAUUGGGAAACAGCAGAAUCACAAACUGGUAUGGAACAUUAUCUUGGACUACAAACUGUUUCUGAUAAAGCAAUAGCUGAUUGUGUAGAAGCAUUGAUUGGUGUAUAUCUUAGAAGUAUGGGUAUUAAAGAUACUUUAAGAUUAUUACAAUGGUUUCAAAUUUUACCAAAUGAAAUUGAUGUUGAUGCAUUGUUAUUUGGUACUCCUCAGAAUCCAAUAAUUUGUGAAGGAAAUGACAUGAACUAUUUCAUGCCUUGGGCUUCCCAGAUAGAAUCUCAGCUUGGGUACAAAUUUAAUAAUAAAGGAUAUUUAUUGCAGAUUUCCUAAUUACAAGUUAUAUUUAUGAAAAUUGUGGAAAUUUAAAUCCUGGUGCAUUAACAGAUCUGAGAUCUGCCCUUGUUAAUAAUAUUAUUUUUGCAUGCCUAACUGUACGACAUGGUUUACAUAUUGCUUUACUAUCGUAUACUCCAGAAUUAAACAAUACUAUAGAACGAUUUGUAAAAUUUCAAGAAGACAGAAAUUUCGCUGUGAACGAUGAGCUUCUAUGGAUUUUAUUAGAAGAAGACGAAUGUAAUAUGGCUGAACAUGUAGAAGUUCCUAAAGUUUUAGGAGAUAUAUUUGAGUCAACGAUAGGUGCAAUAUAUUUAGAUAGUAACAAAAAUCUUACAACAGUAUGGAAUAUAAUAUAUUCCAUUAUGCAUAAAGAAAUCGAAAACCAAGUAUUGUUAAUAAUAUGAAUGUUAUCAUGGUACCUUUAAAAGUAAUUAUUGCUGGGAAAGUAAAAUAUUUUCAUGGAUUUGGUGCAAAUAAAAAACAAGCAAAGUGUGCUGCUGCAAAGCAAGCUUUAAAAAGUUCAAUAUCAAUUAAUUCUGGUUCAUGUAUAUGUCUAUGUCUUUCUGCACAAAUUUCUGUAUUAGAUUCCUUUUGCUUUUCUAAACGUAUUAAUCUUCUUAUACGUGGAUCAUCUUCAUCGCUUAUUUUAACCUGUGAAUGUGUGGUUGUCUCUGUAGAAAUUUCAUUUUCUUCGUAAUUUUUAUGUACACGUUUUUCUAAAAAAUCUUCUUCUUCAGACUCUUCUUCUGAGCUAGCAGUUGGUGCAUAAUCAGGUCGUUUGCCAGAAACAUAACGAUGUACUUUUACUUUUUUCAUAGAAAGUUCACCUAAAUUUAAAUGGAGAUUUAAGAUAUAAUAUAAUUAUAUCUUAAAAUAUAAUUCAUAAAGAUAACUUCUAACCGCUUUGUUUUUAUAAUAAUAAUUAUAAUUUUAUAACAGGAAAAUAAGUAAUAUAAUUAAUUAAGUAUUAAUUAUAAUUAUAAUAUUUAAUAACCUUUAUCAUUUUUUACAGGUACGGCACCAGCAGUACUUUGAAUUCCCAUAGGUGCAGGUGCCAAAGAAUUAUUUGUAACAAAAUAAUCCAUCAUCAUUUUGCUAACUCACAACAUAAAUUUUCAAAACUAAAAUAUUUUAUAAAUUAUACUCUAUAAUAACAGCAGUACCCGGGUAUCUUAUAUUAAAGAAUAUACAUGAUAGAGAGAUGCUAUCUACAAAUUUUUUCCAGAAAUCCAAACGAUCGCAACGAAAUUAUGAAAUACUAUUUUAUAUAUAAAAAUAAAGUAAAAAUAUGUUGAAACAUAUAUUUAAUGAUUAAAGUUGAAAUAUAUUAUAUAUAAUACAUAUAUUUAAAUGUAUUUUAUUCUAGUUUCUAGGAAAUUAUAUCAUUCUAGUUAAAAGUAUCAUUUUAAGAUAGCCAUAAAUUUUAAUUAAAAUUUUCAUUAUUUAAAUUUAGAAAGAUUAUUAUUUUAAUAGUAAGAAGUGUUAUUUAUUAA